CUCAUUGCGGGCGUCGCUCAGCCGCCGCCGCCGCCCGCCGUGGUCCUUGCCAUCCUGGCCCGCAAUGCCGAGCACUCGCUGCCCCACUACCUGGGCGCACUGGAGCGGCUGGACUACCCCCGGGCCCGACUGGCCCUCUGGUGUGCCACGGACCACAACGUGGACAACACCACAGAGAUGCUACAGGAGUGGCUGGCCGCUGUGGGCAAUGACUAUGCCGCCGUGGUCUGGAGGCCCGAGGGGGAGCCCAGGUCCUACCCAGACGAAGAGAGUCCCAAGCACUGGACCAAAGAAAGGUACCAGUUUCUGAUGGAGUUGAAGCAGGAAGCCCUGACCUUUGCCAGGGGCUGGGGAGCUGACUACAUCCUGUUUGCAGAUACAGACAACAUUCUGACCAACAACCAGACGCUGCGCCUUCUGAUAGAGCAGGGGCUGCCCGUGGUCGCCCCAAUGCUGGACUCUCAGACCUACUACUCCAAUUUCUGGUGUGGGAUCACUCCCCAGGGCUACUACCGCCGCACAGCCGAGUACUUCCCCACCAAGAACCGCCAGCGCCGGGGCUGCUUCCGGGUCCCCAUGGUCCACUCCACCUUCCUGGUUUCCCUACGGGCAGAGGGGGCAGCCCAGCUCGCCUUCUACCCCCCUCACCCCAACUACACCUGGCCCUUCGACGACAUCAUCGUCUUCGCCUACUCCUGUCAGGCUGCUGGGGUGUCAGUCCACGUGUGCAACGAGCACCGUUACGGGUACAUGAACGUGCCCGUGAAAUCCUACCAGGACCUGCAGGACGAGAGGGUCAACUUCGUCCACCUGAUCUUGGAGGCGCUAGUGGAUGGGCCCCCCAUGUGGGCCUCGGCUCAUGUGUCCCGGCCCCCAAAGAGUCCCACCAAGAUGGGGUUUGAUGAGGUCUUCGUCAUCAGCCUGGCCCGCCGGCCAGAUCGCCGUGAGCGCAUGCUGAGCUCGCUCUGGGAAAUGGAGGUGUCUGGGCGGGUGCUGGAUGCCGUGGACGGCCGGACACUCAACAGCAGUAUCAUGCGGAGCCUCGGCGUGGACCUGCUCCCUGGCUACCAGGACCCCUACUCCGGCCGCACGCUGACCAAGGGCGAGGUGGGCUGCUUCCUGAGCCACUACUCCAUCUGGGAGGAGGUGGUUGCCAGGGGCCUGGCCCAGGUCGUGGUGUUCGAGGAUGACGUCCGCUUUGAGAGCAACUUCCAGGGGCGGCUGCGGCAGCUGAUGGCGGAGGUGGAGGCAGAGAGACUUCCGUGGGACCUGAUCUACCUUGGCCGGAAGCAGGUGAACCCUGAGGAGGAGGAGGCCGUGGAGGGGCUGCCGCACCUGGUGGUGGCCGGGUACUCCUACUGGACACUAGCAUACGUCCUGAGCCUGGCGGGCGCCCGCAAGCUGCUGGCCUCCCAGCCCCUGCGCCGGAUGCUGCCCGUGGACGAGUUCCUGCCCAUCAUGUUUGACCAGCACCCCAACGAGCAGUACAAGGCACAUUUCUGGCCGAGGGACCUACGGGCCUUCUCGGCCCGGCCCCUGCUUGCUGCCCCCACCCACUACGCGGGGGACGCAGAAUGGCUCAGCGAUACGGAGACGUCCUCACUCUGGGACGACGACAGCGGCCGCCUCAUCAGCUGGAGCGGCUCUCACAAGACCCUGCGUGGCCCCCGCCUGGACCUGGCUGGCAGCAGUGGGCACAGCCUCCAUCCCCACCCCAGGGACGAGCUCUAGGUCCAGGCGGUGACUCCAGAGGAGCGCCCAGGAACAGGCACAGAUGUCCAGGGAGCAGAGGUGGAGAUUGCUGGCAGGGACGGCCACCAGGAACCACAGACCCAGUAGAGACCUGGCUGCCACCUUAGGCAUGGUCACUCUCCCUCUGGCCCUGGGAGAAACCACUCACAAAUGGGUGCCCUUCCCUGAGGUCAUGUAGCAAAAGGGCAGGGCCUGAAGGCCCUCUUACCCUGCCGGCCUGACCCACGGCCUGGGGUGGGAAGGAGGGAGGCUGCCCGGCCUUCAGUUUCCAGCUGGGCAGACAGGAGCCUUACCCUCCCUGAGGACCCAGCUGCUGGUGCCCCUCCACUCUCUUCUACCUCCACCUUAGUCCCCACCCCCAACUGGAAGCCUGGGUCUCACCUGCCAGGGCCCACCCUCUCCCCUGGCCAGUGGGAAAUGCAAGGAGGUGGGAGGAAGAGCCUGCACACAGUAGGCCCUCAAUAAAAGCCGGCUGGCGUUUGCACUUUA